AUGAUACACUAUCACCAAAGCCAUCUCCACGCCGGACCUCAGCUUCUCGUAGCAUGCGUCCGGGAAAAGUUUUGGCCACUUCGCAUCCGCGAUUUGGCACGUCAGGUGGUGUAUUCCUGCAUAAACUGCUUUCGUUGCCGACCCCACAAUCUUGAGCAACUUAUGGGAGACUUGCCGCCAGAGAGAUUUACUCCAACACUACCCUUUCUCAGCACUGGAAUAGAUCUUUGUGGCCCGUUCCAGUAUCGUAAGAUCAAAAAGGGAUCACCCAUCAAGUCAUUUGUGGCAAUUUUCGUGUGCCUUGUCACUAAGGCAACCCAUAUAGAGCUCGUCUACGAUCUCUCCACAGCAGCAUUUAUAGCGGCGCUGCAUCGGUUUAUUGCUCGUAGAGGGAAGCCAAAUCUCAUCGAAUGUGAUAACGCCAAGCACUUCAAAGGAACGGCAAGGGAGUUGGCUGACCUAUCGAGACAGUUUACUCACAGCAACACCAGGGCGCACCCGCAUUUCGGAGGUGUGUGGGAAGCGGCGGUGAAAUCGCUGAAACACCAUCUCCGUCGAACUACGGGAAACUCCGUGCUAUCUCAAGACGAAUUCGUAACAUUGCUUGCCCGCAUAGAAGCUUGUCUGAAUUCAAGACCCCUUACACCGCUGUCAGCCGAUCCUAACAACUUGGAAGUCUUAACACCGGGCCACUUCCUUGUGCAUCGUUCCCUUACGUGCUUUCCCGAACCCGAUCUCUCUGAAAUCCCUCGAAAUCGGCUGGAUCGUUGGCAAGAGAAUCAAGAACUUCUACGGCAUGUCUGGAAACGGUGGACGAUCGACUAUUUGUCCGGACUACAGCCACGUACGAAAUGGACGCGAAUACGAGACAAUAUCGUUAUUGGCACUAUGGUGCUUUUGAAAGAGGAAAACCUCCCACCGCUUAAAUGGCGAUACGGCAGAGUUACCAACAUCUUCCACGGCCAGGACAACACCAUCCGGGUAGUAGAUGUUCGAACGGCGGAUGGAGAGUACCGGCGCGCUAUUAAUAAGAUCUGUAUUCUUCCUGUUCGCGAACCCACAACCGACACGAUUGAGGCGGACAGCCGCAUCCCAGAUCUGCAGUAG